UAAACCUGUCAAUUUUUAGGUUCGAAAAUGCUCAGUAAAAAGGAAAAAAGAGAGAGAGAGAGAGAGAGAACGGGCUACCGGGUGCACAAGUAAAUGAAAUGGAACCCUUUCGAAACCUCCAGACUCUCCUCCAACCGAUUAAGCCGCAUCUUCCCUCCAAAUAAACAGACCCAUCGUUUAACCAAAAUCUCAAAUCGCAAAACAAAAUGUUCUUCUUCUUCGUCGGAGGGUUAGAGCAACAAGUCCGCCAUCUCUUGAAAGCCGGUGCCGGCCGAUGCAUAAGCUGCAACUCACCGGCCGAUCUCGUAGACUACGAAAAAGUUCUGAAGCUCUUUUUUGUUCCAGUGUGGCGGUGGCCAGGAAAAGAACCGUUGAUGCACUGCAACAACUGUAAGCUGUUUUUCCCUCGAUCAUUCUCACCGCCGCCCAUUUCCGAUCAAUUGCCGCCGUCAGCCGCUCUUUUGAGGGCCCUUCGUUGCCAUUCCUGUAACAAAGUAGUGGAGCCCGAUUUCAGUUUCUGCCCUUUCUGUGGCUCUUCUGUGUAAAUUUACUUUUGUUUCAAAUCGUCCGGUGAUCUUUUAUGGUUUUUGUCUGCAAGUAAUCGAAAUGGUAUCUGAUUGAGAAUGAAUUUUGAACAUUACUUUAUCA